AUGUCGGAAACGCAGCCGAAUGAACAAACGCCUCAGCGUAUGUCCACUAGGACCCAGCCACGAGUCAACUACAACGAAUUGAUCUCUCCGCAAAACUCAUUGAGGUAUUUCCCACAUUUUCAGGCGAAACAACUCUUAGAAUCGCGAUUUUCAGCGAUGGAAUCUUCCGCUCGCCAACAGCCAGCACUCGCGGUCGAAAGAAGCGUCCAGUGCCGAUUGAAGUCAUGUCGGAUCUCUCCUCCAGCUUCGGUGCCAUGUACAACACUCCGCCAAAGCGAGGACGUCCACGUGGAGCCGGAUUCGUGGGAAGUGUGCGGGGAAGAGGGCCAACCACCCGUCGCGCUACCACCGAGGACUCGCUGGACUCGGAGAACCAUCUGGUGAUUGCCGUCAAGACGGGAAAACGGAUUCCAGAGACUGUGGACGCGUGGAUCGAACGGUACAACGAGUUGUCGACCGGAGCACUUGCCGAGAUCCAGCAGUUCUUCUUCACGAUUUCCGGAUGUAAGGGACACGUGACCCCGCAAAUGUCUAUGGGACUCUCUUACAAGUAAGUAACUUGUUCGAGUAUUGUGACAGACCAACAUUAAACGAGCGACUUUCAGGGAAAUCGUGUCCCGUAUGACUGAAGAAUUCGAGGACGAUUCGGCAGACUAUCCCAUGAUCCAAGGAGGACCCAUGAAGAAAUUCCGCACCAAUCUUCACACUUUCCUGCACACUCUCGUCAACCACGUCAAGUCCACGCUGAUUUUUGACCACGUUCUCAUGGAUAGCUUUGUUCAGCUUCUUACUGGAAUGGCCGACAGCCAGGUUCGUGCGUUCAGACACACCGCCACGUUCUGCGCCGUUAAACUCUCGUCGGCUCUCGUCGACGUUACCAUUGAACUGACCGAAUCGAGAGUGAAGACUAUCAAACAAAUCGAGGCGGAAAAACAGAAGAUCAAGAACAAUGCGACUGGUAAUGAGAAGUACGAGGCUCUGGUCGCGCAGAAGAGUCAGACCGAGGAGCGCAUUGAGGAGGUCCGUGAGAUUCUCGGAUACUUCUUCAGAAGUGUCUUCGUUCAUCGCUACCGUGACACUGUGCCAGACAUUCGCUGCAUUUGUAUAACGGAGCUCGGCCACUGGCUCGAUAUCUACCCGGAGCACUUCAUCGAAGACUCCUAUCUCAAAUAUCUGGGUUGGAACCUGUUCGACAAGGCCGGAGAGGUCCGACUCCGUUGUGUUCGGGCCCUGAUUCCAAUUUUCGAGAAAAGAAGUAUGCCGGAGAAAAUGGAGUUGUUCGUUAACAAAUUUAAGGACCGUUUGGUGUCGAUGGUUCUCGACAAGGAUGUCGACACAAGUGUUGAGACAUGCCAUCUCUUGCGUGUCAUGUACAACGUCUUCCCGCUACUGCUUAACCAAGAGGAUUGCGUUCCUAUCUAUGAACUCAUCUACUCGACUAACCGCCAACUGGCCAUGGCUGCCGGAUCGUUCAUCAACAAUAAAAUCUUCAUGAACGCAGAGCAUCCAACGAAGCAGGCGAUUCCGCGCAACGUGCAGCCGAUUAUAGAUUUGGUCACGUUUUUCAUUGAAGGAGAGUGCCACGAUCACGCCGCUUAUCUGGUCGACGCACUGAUCGAUGUCAGUAAAAUAGCAAAGGACUGGGCUACAAUGGUUGAGUUGUUGCUCAAUGAUAAGUCUCCAUGUAAGUUUGCUGACGUGUCUUGACCAACUGACCUGUCACUGCCAAUAAUAAACUUUCAGUGAACCCACUUCACGAGACAAAGCUCAUCGACAUCCUCGCAUGCUCAGUUGAGCAGGCAGCGACAGGAGAGCAACCAGUUGGACGUGCCACUACCAAGAGAGGAAUGGUGUCGCACAGAGAGCAGAGGGAGAUUGAGGAAGAGAAAGCGCGUCUCACUGACAUUCUCAUUCCAAUUCUCCCUCGUCUGCUCAACAAAUUCGGAUCCGACAAUGACAAGGCUCAAUGGCUGGCAUCGCUCCCAAAGCACUUCAAUCUCAGCGUCUAUGCCACCGCUAGGAAUCAGGCGGUACAGUACUCUCUGCUUGAAAAUUGGAUUCAAAGUUAUGUUUUCAGCAUUUCACCGAGCUCAUCGAGACAAUCGACACACUGAUCGAGAGACACGUCGACGAAGAUGUCCUGCAGGAGUUGGCUGGAGUCUACAACGCCCUCUCAAACCACAGAACCACAGGACCAAUGGUCGAAGCGCACAAAAUGAAGAUGCUCGACGGAAUCGCCGCCUUCCUCCGCAACUCGUUCCAGCAGUUUGAAGAUGAGGCGAUGGGCGAGGAGGAAGAGGCUCAGUUCGUGGCCUACAUGAGAAGAAUGUCUGCGUUCUCGGGAUUCAUAAACCUCCGCCACUGGGAUCUGUGGGAGAUGUUCGUGAAGGUUGUGUCAAACUACGAUCGCGAGGAGACCAAGAGAGAUGUUCGCGAGUAUGCGGUCGGAAUGAUGCAUGUACAGGUUGUGUACGACUUCAUUGAGCUGAAAACCGAAGGAGAAGCCGUGAAGCGGGAUCAAGUGUUGAAACUUCGGAACCGUCGCGAUCAACUCAUCGAUAUUCUUGCCGAAACGAUUGAUGAAAGUGCCUAUGGCGUGGAGCAGGCGUACCUGUGCAUCUGUGAUCUAAUGGUCUUCUUCAAUCACCUUGACGAUGUCAAGGCCCUGGAUCCCUUGCGCUUAGAACUGGAUGACAUAGUCAUUGCCAAUCUGAAAAUGUUCCUGCGAAUCAAUGUCUUUGAGAACAACGAAACGGAGGAGAAGGAUCAGACUAAGAGAAUUGAGAUGAUGUACAAAAUGCGUCAUCUUGUUGCUCAGUUUGUCAAGCUUAUUGUUCACGGCUGCCUCGGACUUUCUCACGCAGCUGAGCUUAUGAGAUACUACCAAACUCACUAUCAGCAGUUUGGCGACCUCUUCAAGACUCUCCUGGCGAAAUGCAGAGAGAUGGACUUCAUCGCAACUGGACUCAUGACUGUGGAGACACUCGAGUCGCUCUUCUUUGAAAUCGAGCGCACCAGCCAAAAGGACCCAAACUCCGACGAAUUCAAUCAGAUCAGAGACUUGGCGAAGAGAUUGUCCCACGUUUUCGGACACGAUUACGCCAAGAAUCGUUUUGCGGUCGCAGCACUUCACAAGAAAGCCAUCGACUACGCCUUCCAGGAUUUCAGCAAGGAAACCGAUUCAGAGCCAAAGAACAUUUACUUUUUGGAAGUCGCCAUGGAGUUCAGCGCGUUGCUUCUGAAUCAAGACAAAGUAGCGAUGUGAGUAUCUUUAAAGAAUGUUAGCCUAAGCCCAAAUUUCAAUCUCAUUUCUUUUCAGUCAUCGGUAUCUGCUCAAGAAAUACGUGGAGAAGGGAGGAAGCAACGAAUGGGAGCCGUUCCGUCUCUACUCGGUCUCCCUGACUGAUCGCUCCACCGUCGACGAUGAUGAUGCUCAAUCGGUGCGCAGCGAGCGCACAAACGUCACCAUCCGAAGCUCGAGUUCGUCGAUUCGUGGAAGAGGACGUGGGCGUCGUCAGCGCGUUUACGACGACUGA